ACUGGCAGAGAUUACCAUCAAUAACAAGGCUCGCGGAACCGACAGCGCCAGUGGCGCGCGUUCUAUGACGCAACCCAACCACCACCGCGCGCAAUCAUGGGAGAACACAAUUGCACCCUGUUCAGCACGCAGCCCUCGGACAGCUUCCAAUGCGUUACAAUUAUCACUGUGAAAAGAGUAACGGCUACGUUCUCAUUAAUUGGGUGUUUGUGCAUGCUCCUGGUGAUAUGGUUGUAUAGAAAGUUCAAUUCCAUGGCACAGAAAAUGAUUCUAAGUUUGACGGUGGCUGCUUUCUUUGACAGUAUUGCCUAUGUUAUGGGGGAAAUUUUACCUGAUGGAACUCUUUGUAAUUUCCAAGCGUGGUGGCUGACAUAUUUUGAUUGGUGUGCAUUAUCCUGGGUCUGCUGCAUUACACUAAACCUGUACCUGAAUGUGGUAAGGGAGAUGAGAACGGAUCGAUAUGAAUUAGCUUACCAUGUUACUGCCUGGGGAAUACCAUUUGCUCUGUCCUGCAUCCCCCUCUUUGGUGACUACUAUGGCCCUGCUGGAGCCUGGUGCUGGAUCACAGAUGACCACGUGGCCUGGAGAUUUGUCAUAUGGUAUAUUCCUCUGUUCUCUUUGAUAUUCCUGAUGAUGCUGUGUUACCUUCGGAUAAUCUCUGUGGCAAAGCAAAGGGUCAUAACCUGGUCUGGAACGUAUGACCCUGGAAGGGAGAGAAGCAAAGUUAUGAUGGCAGAAGAGAUUAAACCAUUGAAAUGGUACCCAUGUGUAUACCUGGCUGUGUCCGUGUUUCCUCUUUUAAACAGAAUCCAUAAUGCCUUUUAUCCAAGUCAUCCUGUCUUUAUCCUCACAUUGCUACAUGUCAUUAGUGCACCACUUCAUGGACUGGCCAACGCAUUUGUCUUCGGAUUAGAUAAAGAAACUUGGAGGCAGCUACGAAUAAAUUCAAUCCGGGUUGCUUUUCAAUCUAGAUUCUGUGACAGUACUAAGAUAAAGGAGUAUGAACCAGGAAAUGUUCGAUAUAUGCCACAACUAGAUGAGGAGGAUUCCGAGUCAUGCGAUGACACCACAGUGUUAUUUUCCUUGCCAUCCGUGACAUUUAGGGACAAAGGACCCUGAUCGUUCAUUGUGCAGGAAAACCUUACGGCUAAACACCAACCUGUGCUGGAGAUGGACUGCUUGCAAAGAGAGACAGAAGAGAAAAUACAGCCUUGGCAUUCCUGAUUAAGGAGCUGUCAUCGUUCAUUAUUAAUACACGCUUGUUAAUAUUUAAUGCCACAGAGGCUGAGAUCCUUCCUGUAGCACAGUCAUGAGACAUGCUGUGGUCAUACCAACUGAAAAUUGCAGGACAGUAAGCUCAGUGGUCUGAUAAAUCAUACCUUAAAAUGCUGAAAGGCAUAUGCACAACACGCUGUUCUCUAAAUAAACCAUAAGCGUAUGUGCAUGUUUUGCAUCUGGGGAAAAAACAACCUCUCUCGGAAAAACAGUAAUCACUUUAAAAUGUGUGUUUGUUUUUUUUUACUUUUGAAAUACUCAGAAUACAUAAACAUAGUUGAAUUAAAAUAUGAACAAAGUAAAAAUUGGAUAUUAUAGAGCAGAAGUAUUUUAAUUCUGCAAAUAUU